AACUCCACCACAUAAAUUAGGCAUCUCAUCUAUUGUACUCCUCUUCCAGGUACUAGUAGUCCCUGGGGGGUGUAUCCAAGCUCGAGUUGAAGCUGCUUCCUCGAGCCCCUCCACAGCGGACAGCAAGCCAAAUACGCUUAACCUUAUUAGCUUAAAGAUUUUAUGAGGAAACAAACUCGUGAAAUGUAUUGUGGACCAUCCCUCUAUAUUACUGUGUUAGGGCAUGUGGUGAAGUCCAAAAGCUAAAGCACGUCCAUUACAGAGAAUUAGAUAAACAAACUGAGGUACAUUCUAUGAUUGUGCAAAGAUUUGGACCAACAGGUGGGGUCAGAGCUUCCUCCCUUUAGGCACACAUUUUAGACUCUGGACACUAAGACCCUACCCAUAAUCCCCCAGUGGAGCCACCUACUCAGGUGAAUAUAAAGUCCAGACAGAACAGCUCACAGACAUCAGACCUCAGCACAGGAGCAUCCUUGACAUCUCUACACACUGAGGACACAACAUGGACACAAGAGCCUCCCUCUCCAUUCUGCUGCUGCUGUUUGGCAUCUCCCAGGCGUCUCCUCUCAUGGAGCAGAUGUUUGAAGGCGUAUUUGUAUCAGAGCCUGAAACCAUCGACAUCACCACAAGAAUUUUGGACACCAACAAUGGAUCAUCUGAAGUCUUGAUUGAAGGAGAUCUGGUCUUUCCCAAAACCAGAAAUGCUCUCUACUGCUUGAACAACAACUGUUUCUGGAAGAAAAACUCGAACAACGUAGUGGAGGUCCCGUACAUAGUGAGCGCUGAAUUCUCCAAUUACGACAGAUCUGUGAUUGCGAACGCCAUGUCGGCCUUUCAUGCCAAAACCUGCAUCCGCUUUGUGGCCAGAUCAUCUCAGACUGACUACAUCAGUAUUGAGAACAAAGAUGGGUGCUACUCUUCUCUAGGUAGAACUGGUGGCAAACAGGUGGUCUCCCUCAACAGGCAAGGCUGUGUGUACACUGGCAUCGCUGAACAUGAGCUGAAUCAUGCCCUGGGCUUCUACCACGAGCAUACCAGGAGUGAUCGUGACAAAUACGUCAAAAUCAACUGGGAGAACUUGUCUGCUGAUAUGUCCUACAACUUCGAGAAACAGAACACCAACAACCAAAACACUCCAUACGACUACGGCUCCAUCAUGCACUAUGGAAGAACAGCCUUCGCCGUCCAGCCUGGGCUGGAAACCAUCACUCCCAUUCCUGAUGCAACGGUGGAAAUCGGACAGAGGCAGGGACUGUCCAGCAUCGACAUCCUGAGGAUCAACAAGCUGUAUGGAUGCUGAAGAUGAGGCUUGUACACAUAAUUUAAUAUAGGUCAUAUAUCUGUAGAUGAAUAGUGGUAUGAUGAGGUUAUGUUUUUGUCUCUUGAUGGUGCUGAAUUUCUGAAAUAUGUAAUUGUGUUGGGUUGUGAAAAAUAAAGCUAAACUGCAAGACAAA